UAUAGGAUUGCCAAAAAUUGAAAAUCAAAAUAAUUCUCUCUCUCUCUCUCUCUCUCAGUGGCACGUCACGAUGAUUCGGAACCUCCGCACAACGCCAACUUCCGACCUGAACUCGCUCCAACAUCUGGGUUCUUUGUAUAGCCGAAACAAGCAGAGACUCAUCACAGCUAUUCCUUCUCCAGCUUCCAGUGUUUCGCGGCUGUCCAUUCGGUGUGCUGUUCGUUUUCGCCCCUGCAUUGAUAUACACAAAGGGAAAGUGAAACAAAUUGUUGGGUCAACCAUUCAGGAUUUGAAGGAGGACGGAUCAACUCUUGUGACCAACUUUGAAACGGAUAAGUCGGCGGCUGAGUUUGCAAAUUUGUACAAAAAAAAUGGACUCAAGGGUGGUCAUGUGAUCAUGAUUGGAGCAGAUCCUUUGAGUAAAAAUGCCGCAAUUGAAGCAAUGCAUGCUUAUCCUGGCGGCUUGCAAGUUGGUGGUGGAAUCAAUUCAGACAAUGCUUUGAGUUACAUAGAAGGAGGAGCUAGCCAUGUCAUUGUCACAUCAUAUGUAUUCAACAAUGGACAAAUGGACCUUGAAAGGCUUAAAGAUCUUGUUCAUGUUGUUGGAAAGCAGAGGCUUGUCUUGGACCUUAGCUGCAGAAGGAAGGAAGAUAAAUAUGCAAUCGUGACUGAUAGAUGGCAGAAGUUCACUGAUGUAUACCUCGAUGAGAAAGUAUUGGAGUUUCUUGCCAGCUAUGCUGAUGAGUUUCUGGUUCAUGGUGUUGAUGUUGAAGGGAAAAAGCUGGGAAUUGAUGAAGAACUUGUGGCAUUGCUUGGGAAGCAUUCUCCGAUUCCCCUGACUUAUGCCGGUGGUGUGGCGGAAAUGGCUGAUUUAGAAAGGAUAAAAGUGGCCGGGUUGGGACGUGUGGAUGUUACUGUGGGCAGUGCGUUAGAUAUAUUUGGCGGAAAGUUGGCAUACAAAGACGUUGUUGCUUGGCAUUUCCAUCAGGAGGCUUUGACAGUUUAGUGCCUUCUAGGGCUUUCUUUUCUUGUAAUCUUCAAAGGAUUUGGCUUAGGUCUCCUAUAGUUUUUCUCUACGGUCUAGAUUUAAUUCCA